AUGUCGGCCCCAGAAGCCACCACCGACGACAUGUUCGCGCCGCCUGUGAAUCGUGCCAUGAAGGUGCUCGACCGCAGCUUCUUCCAAAAGACCAUUCCCACCUCGGCCGCGCGCAUCUUCAACCCCAAGGACAUUUCGCGCUGUCGCAAGGAAUUGACCGCCAGCAAGGACACGCUGCCCACCAACCGAGUAGACCCAAUAAGAGCGGACCCAGACCUAGAACUCGCCACUAAAGGCAGCAAAUGCCUACUCCUACGACCCGAAGUGCUUCACACAGAGCAAGACGGCACCUUAGGCGUAAUCCCCUAUCAACUCCACCUCGACUACAACUACUUCACCUACUCUGAAAUCACCAGCGCCACCAUCCCCCCACCCGAGUCCAAAUACGACGAUGAAAUACCCCAAGGUUUCGCCCUCGCCGGCCACGUCGCCCACCUCAACCUGCGCGAGCGCUACUGGCCCUACAAACACCUCAUCGCCACCGUGCUCGCAGACAAGAACCCAAUGGUCAAAACUGUCAUCAAUAAACUCGAUAACGUCGGUACGGAAAACGCGUUCCGAACGUUUCAGUACGAGGUUCUGCAUGGCCCAGAUGACAUGAACGUCGAGCUGCGCGAGCAAGGGUGUACGUUUAAAUUCGACUUUGCAAAGGUAUAUUGGAACACGCGGUUGCACACGGAGCACGAGCGCUUGUGUAACUUAUUUCGCGAGGGCGAGGCCAUUUGCGAUGUCAUGGCUGGUGUAGGCCCCUUUGCCAUUCCCGCAGGCAAGAAGAAGUCUUUCGUGUGGGCCAACGAUCUCAACCCUGAAUCUUACAACGCACUGGUGGGAAACAUCAAGACGAACAAAGUGGGGGAUUUUGUGCGUCCUUUUAAUACAGAUGGUGGAGCAUUUAUCCGCCAAGCGUCCGUGGAUCUAUUGACGGGCGGAGAGGUUUCCAUACCCAUCUUCCCCAAGACCAAAUCCUCCCGCUCGCAGCCUGACAAGGCACCCCCCGCGGCCCUGAAAACCCUCACCCAACCCCGGUUUUUCGCCCACUACGUCAUGAACCUCCCCGCUUCUGCCAUCACUUUCCUGCCCUCAUUCAUCGGUCUCUACGCCAAUGUUCCCGGUCUUCCAGCCCAGGAAAUAAAAGACAUGAUGAAGAAGCAAGACCAGAAACUUCCCAUGAUACAUGUCCACUGCUUUUCAACAAAGAGCGAGGAUAAUGUCGCCGAGAUCAAGGGUAUUUGCGAGGAAAUUGGCAGGCAGCUGCAGUGCAAGAUUACGCCUGAGAUGGAGGGCGUGGAUGUGCAUGAUGUGAGGGAUGUGGCGCCGAAGAAGAGGAUGUUUUGUGCGAGUUUUAGGUUGCCGGAAGAGGUUGCUUUUAGGGGUAUGUAGGUGAAGAAAGGGAGGAUAGAUGGUGAGUGGAAUGAUGGUUUUAUGGAAUUGUAAUCUUCUAUGGAGAUUCAUUACAUUACUC